CCUCGGUUGCGUUUCUCCUAACGGCAGGCCGCCCCUGAGACGCUGUAGCGUCGGAGGUUCUGCGCGCGCACCCGUCGCUGGGCCGCCGACUCUUCAGGGCCCUUAAACCUCGGCGGGGAGGCGGGAGCCGGUGCGUGCGGACGGGCUGCGGUGGGGCGACCGCCGGGACGCCAUGUCCAUGGAGGACCCCUUCUUUGUGGUGAAAGGGGAGGUACAGAAAGCAGUCAAUACUGCUCAAGGGUUAUUCCAGAGAUGGACAGAACUCCUUCAGGAUCCUUCUGUAGCAACAAGAGAAGAAGUUGAUUGGACUACCAAUGAGCUCAGGAACAACUUGCGAAGCAUAGAAUGGGACCUAGAAGAUCUGGAUGAAACUAUUAGCAUAGUUGAAGCAAAUCCUCGAAAAUUCAACCUCGAUGCAACUGAACUGGGUGUAAGAAAAGCCUUCAUUACAAGCACACGACAAGUUGUCAGGGAAAUGAAGGAUCAAAUGUCAAGUUCCUCAGUUCAGGCAUUAACUGAAAGAAAAAAUAGACAGGCGCUGCUAGGAGAAAGUGGGGGUCAGAGUUGGAAUUCUGGGGCAGAUAAAUAUGGCCGUCUGGAUCGAGAACUGCAGCGAGCUAAUGCCCACUUCAUCGAGGAGCAGCAGGCCCAGCAACAGUUGAUUGUGGAACAGCAGGAUGAGCAGUUAGAGCUGGUCUCUGGCAGCAUUGGGGUGCUGAAGAAUAUGUCACAGCGCAUUGGUGGGGAGCUAGAGGAACAGGCAGUAAUGUUAGAUGACUUCUCUCAUGAGUUGGACAGCACACAGUCUCGGCUAGACAACGUGAUGAAGAAACUUGCAAAAGUUUCCCAUAUGACCAGCGAUCGUCGGCAGUGGUGUGCCAUCAUCGUUCUCUUUGGGAUCUUACUGGUAGUGCUCAUUCUUUUUCUGGUGCUGUGAUGGAAGAGGCUUUGAAUGCUGCUCAUUCCCCAUCAAGAAAACGUGAGGGGAGACGGGAAAAGUCAGCAUGGUUCAUGUUGCCAUCCUUUUUAUUUUGCUCCGAAGAACUCCUACCCCAGACUUUGAUUUUCUCUCUGAAUCAGAGCUCCUGGCAGCUGCCAUUGCAGGAUCUGCCUUUACCAAGCCCUGGAGGGAACGUGGAAGCCGGACUCCUGCCCAGGCAGGGUGGUUCCCAGCAGGGGCACAUGGCCACUCCUGCUGUGUACACAGCCAGCUGCUGUCUGUUUCUGCUCCCUCGGAAGUGCAGGGAACGCAUCAGCAAAUGUUGGUUAUGUUGCUUCUGCCAGGUCUUUCCUCCUUUUUCUUGGGGGAUCUUUUCUCUCUCUUAAGCUCUUUUCCCUUUAUCAAAUGCCACUGUCUUAUCUAAAACAAACUAUUGUGGAAGCUGGGCUGCUGCAGGGUGUGCUUCACCUCCACCUUUGCUGGUCAUUAAGGAAGGUAGAAGACCCUGGAACCAUGUCCAGUUAUAGUAAAUGCAUUGAGUCCUGGGCUAAGGGUCACUUCAUGUAGACUCCACUAAAGAGAUAAAUGCUAGUUCCCUGCCAAGUCCUGUUUCAUUUGGUGGAAAUGGCACUUACUGACCACGUAGACACUAUUUGGGAUAAAACAGGUGGCGAGCCGUGCUGAGUGCUUCAGGGAAAGCGGAAGGCCAGACCACAGGCCCAGGUCGAACGUGCUCGGCAGCGGCUUUUGCCCCCUUACUAACCUUAGCCUUCACCUAGUGGACACAUUCCAUGCCUGUCACGUGUACCCCUAAGUCUGUCACUGCAAAGCACUUCAUGGACUACUUGAAAGAGUUUGUAUAGACCGCCUCAUCAGGAGUUGUCUUGUUUUUACUCUAUACCGUUAAUUUUUAUUUAGGUUAGUUUUUUUGUUUUUUAUUUUGUUGGGGAAGUGGGGCAGGGAAGAGAGGGAAUUUGUCGCUAUUUUAUUCAUUCCAAGGCUGAAAAUCAGCAAGCUAGACCUCUGCCCUGAACCAGACUUUUCUUAUCUGUUUAUAAUUACGAGGGUAGCUGGGAGAUUUUGGUUAUUUGUUUGCUUAAGGAAGCAAUUGAUUUUUAUCACUCUUCCAUUUGAAUAACUGAGCCAAUUCCAAAUGAAACUGACAAAUGCUUUGUCAUACUUCGUUUAAGGUAAUUUUCAUGGAAACCCAGACUGCUGACAGACUAAACGUCAGGCUUCUUGCUUCAAAUGCUUCAAAUACAUGCACAUGUAAAUAGGAUAUUUUUAUAACCUUCCUUAAUGAAUAAACUAUUAAAGUAGCAGUUUGUGACCCUGGCUUCUCAAAGGCCACUCUAGGAAAGCAUGAGCCAAAGCAUUAGCCAGUGAGCUAAAUUACCUGACAUUGGCUCCCCUGGGAUGAAUUGCUUUGGCCACAGUAACUCAGGAAGUGGGAAGGAGAAGUCACAUGGAUGGAAUUACGGGGUCACUGAAGAAAAGGAAUGGUCCAAAAGAGGUGGGCUGUGGAGAGGACCGAAUGUUGAAAUGGAACUUCGACCUUACCUUGAUUGUCCUUGUCCUUUUGGGUCACUCCUCAGUAUUCACCAGUUUCAUCAACCAUAAUUAUGUAUUGGCCCAGGCUAAUUUUGAAUUGCAAUUUUUAAUACUGAAUAUUUGUAAUUCUUUUCAAAAAAGGAUGCCAUCCUUUUUUUUUUUCUUCCCAGGAUCAUGAUAGAUAAGGAAACUUAACUCUGUGGAUACUAAAAAAUGAAUUUAUAAAAUAAAAGGGAUGGUUGAUAUCUUUGUUUACACUCCUUACUUAGCUGACUUUUUAUAUAUUACAAAUGUCUGGCUACUCUUCAUUGUUUUUUUAAAUUAGCAAAAAAAUUAAUUCUGAUCAUCUUGAGUGGCUUCACUUAUAAUCCACUCAGUUUUAUAAGGUUCUAAGAAAAUCAAUUCUGUGGUUGUCUUGGUAUGCACAAAUGUACACACACAUCAUAUACAUACAUCAUUGAGACAAGGAAAGUCCUCAAAGCAAUGAAAUAAAUCCUCAUUGGGUACAUUUGGUUAAAAUGUCUCCAAAAGAAGUAACUGACACAUUAGAGAAAUAUUAACCACUAAGUUUGCCUUGUAAGAGGCAAUCAGUGUCUUAAGAUAAGCAUGUGGUCAUUGCUACUGCUGGCUAUACUGCUAACUCGGGAUGUUCACGUGCAUACAGAAUCACUGGAAUCACUCCUCAGUAAUGUUUCUCACUGCUGAGAAAUUUUUAAAAUGAAAAAAAAAAAAAAAAAAAAAAAGGAUUCCCUGUACUCUUCUGAAGAUUCUCUAGGAGCCCAAAUUUCCAUAUGGUGUUCUGAUUCCCUACAUCCAUUUUUACUUGUUCCUCUUUUGAUCUUUGUUUUUCUUUUUUUUUUUCUGCCAGUCACAGAGGGCAGUUUUCUGUAAGACAGCAAGACAUGGUAGUUUUAAAAGUUUUGACAUUGGGCAAAAGCCAUAUCUAAUCCUCUGAAGGCUUUUCGGAAAUAAGCCAGCUCCAAGCCAUCCUGCCACACCUAGGGCCUAGUGCUUAGAUGGCAAGAAGGAACUAGGCUUUGUACCUCUCUUUAGUUGUAAUAGAAAUUGCACAUCUUGAGUUACAAAAGAAACUUGGGACAGAAACUCAAAAGGGAAUACAACGAGUGAUUCAUUGAUGGACAGUGCGAGAACAAACCAUUCUUAAUUACCAAAGUCUCUCUUUAAAAGUCCAUGCUUUGGAGGUAGCUCUGGCCUGGUUGGAUUCAGGCCUGACCUCACUGACUGGCAGCAGCCGCCCCAAAACACAAUCAGACAGAACUAACCCAUUGCCUGUUAAGUUUUGAGGGGAAGAAGAAAAUUAGCUAGUGUGGAGUCCCUUGGUUUAAAAUAAGACUGUUAAUUCAGGGACCCUGCCUGUUAAGGAGCUGUGUUUUAUUAAUCAGCAUCUCUAAAAUAAAUAAGUGAAUGAAUGAAAGAUCCAGGCCUUCCCCCAAACCCAGUUCUGGCCAAAUUAAAUAGAGCAUGUUGUUUUGCUGUUGGUGCAAUCAGUCCCUAUGAGACGGGUGUGAACUUGCAGAGCCUCAGAAAAACCACAGAGCUGGAAGCUUUGGGGGUUCGAAGUGCCAAAGAGCUCUUCAUUAGUUCACCGGAGUUAAUGAGGUCUUAAUGAAAACUUGGUUGGUUCCCUCUGAUUUCUCUUUAACCCCAUUGCCUGUGGAAUAGUAAGAACAGCAACCGACAUCUGACCUGUGGGCUUGGUACGGCAUUCAAUUUUCCUUUUAUUGUCUCACACAUCCAGGCUGAGGGCCAUUUUUUAAGGAACUUGUGGAGUAGGGUGUAUGAGAAUCAAAAGGUUAAUAAGUGUUUCUUAGGAAGGCGUUGUGGGCCACAGGUGAUAAUAGUAUCAUGGGAAGAGCAACACAAAACUACCCAGAAUGUUUGUCACAGUGUGAAUCUAAACCCAGAACUAAAAGCGGGCGGUGCUUCUAGUUUUGAUUGUGUCUUAGUGUGGAUUGUGAGGUGUCAUUACACUGUGUAUUCUGCGCUGCAGUACAGUGGGAUGUUGCUUUGGGUGUUCUGUGUGUGUGUGUGUUUAUGGGCCUUGUACAAUCUUAGAAUUCCUGCCAGAGCAGGAGAGAGGAGGGGAAAAUUGGCAGCCUUCCAGAGUUCUGCUUUUACCCAGAAUUGAACAGACUGAUGAGUCUGGUAGCCAACAACUUGGCAACUUUUACUCCAUUUUACCUUAGGAGGUUUUAAGGACUGUGAAGAGAAAUCUAGUUGACAACUGUAACUGAAAUCUGUCUCUGUUAAGUAUUUUACGUUCUGCAAGUGAAGGAGUGAUUGCCAAAUGGGAGUGGGGGGGGUUCUUUCUGGCUACAAAAUGAUUUUUCCAUUAAUAAGAGACAUCUGUAAGCUUCUUUGUCUUCCUCCUUAAAAGAAUCCAUUUCAUUUGGAGUUCUGUGAAUUGUAUGUUAAAUGUAAGUGUGUACUUUAAAUGUGUUUUAUAUAUAUAUAUAUAUAUAUGUGCAAAGUACUUUAACUUCGAAUCAUAUGUAGCAACAGGAAUGGGUAACAUAGCAUAUAUUGUGUAUUUUGGCAGCUGGGAAGGUACUACUUCUAAUCUUACUGGCGAGUUUCUUAAAAUUCCACCUUUUAAAAUUUGUUUUUGUUGUUUUAAUAUCAGAAACCACUUUUUAGCCUAUAUCAUCAGUGUUGAGCAGAUAAAACCAAAGGUUUCAUGGACCAACACUGACUAUAAACACUUGAUAAGUGAUGGCAGUGUUCCAUUGGAAGAGAUUCCUCUGAAUACCUUUGCUUAUAUUUAGGUUUACAGGAAACAACAAUCUGGCUAGUCUAGGAAGCUAUGAAUACUGCAUUUGUGGUUUUGAAGCAGUGACCUCUGAAUCUCCUUCCAAGAAAUAUUGUGAUUUAAUGGAUUGGGCCUUUUUUCACCCUAGCCUUGGAAACUUUACGUAUUUUAAAAUAAGACCUUGUAUUUCAUCUCAUCUCUAGUUUGAUUUUUUGAACUACCUGUGAUAAGAUACAACAAAUUAUGAAGCAUUUUUCAACUUUGGUCAUUGCUAUAUAGGAAUAAAGUCUCUUCUGACUUUAUUAAAUGCCAUCUCAUUACUAUAAAAAUCAGUAUGCACCAUUUUGAGGUGUUCAGUCCUGAAUAGGCUAACUUUCUGACUCUUAAUCUUUGAGAGUUGUUAAAACAGCUGGGAUUUCAAGACAGUUGUUGUGUAGUGAUUGGCCUUCAGUUUGGUAUUAUGUCGAUGAUACAGAAAAAACUACUAAACCAUCCUGGAUAUAGAAAACCAUCCUAAAACUUCAGAGAUGGAAAGGAUCUUGGAGAUUGUGUGGUUCAGCUCUCAUUUUCACAAGUGAGGAAACUGAGGCAGGCACCAGAGACUGAAUCUGUGAUUAGGAAGUAAAAUGCCUUUGCUUCUUUAGAACUGGCACUUGCUCUCAUUUGCCUAAAGAGAUUUCACCGAAGAGUGAAAAAAUUGUGCAAAACUAAUCAUUUGGAACUGACUUUAUUAAUUAUUAUUAUUGAUAAUAAUGACUAUAUUAGCAUUACUUUGUUAGGAGCAUUUUAAUUUUGACACACAACCACAAUAGAAUCUAGAUCUUACAAAUAGUCCUGUUUUUAUAGAUAAAUAUUGAUAUUUUAUGUCCAUCUAAUGUAUCCUAUAAAUGGUCCUGCUAUUGUGGGACUAUUUAUUUUAUUACCAUAAUUUCUUCCCGAUAUAGUUAGAAAAAAGUUGGUUCCCUCAUCACUUGAAAACCUGGUGCUAUCAGUGAUUGACAUCAAUUGAUGAUUGGUUUUUCACUUUUUCCCCCCCAAGAAAUGUUCUUCCUUAUUGACCAUGGUGGUUAUUAAUAGCAUAUAUUAAUAUAAUACCACUUAAGGACAUGCAUCUCUUUAACCAAUUUCUUCACAGCAGCAGCUUGACCAUGGAAUACACUUCUUCUUUUGUGUCAUGAUGACCAGUUCUGCUAGCCAUAGCUGAUCUGGUCUAAAUGGGAUACAGAUGAUAUUAUUUCUAUUUUUUUCCUUUUGGUUUGUGAAUUACUGAAAUCUCAAAAGUCACUGAAUUAUUCAAGUGGGACUACUAGAGUAUUAAGUUUCAUGGAUAAAGGAACAAAUCUUAGUUGCUUUACCCUUACCUUCCGUAUGCCACAAAGUCUCCAGUGUUAUACACCAGCUUGGUUGUAAAUUAACAGUAAAGUGGGUGUGUGAGGAUGAGGAUUGCUGAUGUUACCUGGGAUGCUGGCACACCCAUUAGUGAGAAGCACUGUACUGGUGUAAUGUUAUAAACAGUGAAAUAUAUGUAAUCUAGUCUGCAUGAGACUAAAAUAAUUGUUUAGUUUUUUUUUUUUUUUAAUUAUCCCUGUGAGGACAAAUAAGAGACAGCCACACUGUCUACUAAUGCUUUUUGGAAUAUUUUUUUUUGGGGGGUGGGGGUGGGGGUUGAAGUGAUUAUUUCCUAUCAUUAACACUAAGUUUGAGGGAUAAAAACCCCAAACUUAGAUAGAUUAAGGGAAUUGUCUGUCUAUAAGCAAUCUAAGAGAAGGAAGUUGAAACUGUAAACUUGACAUAUUUAUGAGAGAAAGGAAAUGGAAAAGUGAAGAUUAACCAUAAAGUCUGAAUAAACAAAAUGUUGCCAAGCCUUGUUUUUUUCCCCAUGAACUAUUAUGUAUUAUAUUUAAAAUUUAACAUAGAGAAUGGCAACUUUAGGCAAAAACUACCCAUUCUUUGAUGGGAAGAAGAGAAAAAUUUACUUAAAGAUACUCAAGGCCGAGCUAUGAAGAAAAGUAGGAUCCAAGUUUUUAAUGACAGGUAGUCUAUCCAUUGAUGACAUUUUAUAGUUUGCAGGACAGGCAGGUCCAAGAAGCUGAUACCCCUGAGCAGUCUGUUUCUGCUAGACUGGAGUGGCUGGGCAUAUUAGCUAUUGACCGGUUCCUAUGGAAUAAACAAAAGGCAAUCAUGUUUAGGGAUGUCCAUUUCCUCGGAAUAAAAUGCAGUGUGCACCAAAACGGACAGAACCACUGAUAACCAUAAAUCAGAAAAACAUGCUUACUGUUUAUUCUUGAAGAAAAUUAUCAAUUCAAGUAGCCAUCCUAGGAAUUUUCUCUUCUUACUGGCAUUUUUAUCCCCCGAGAUCUAUCAGCUCCUGCUGUAUUUCCGACUUCUUCUCUUGGAGUCAUGUUACAUACAAUUGUAUAAAGAAGACUGUACUGUAUUAAAAGUCACGUGAAAAGACA